GGGACGAAUGUGUAUCAGGUAAUCUGCAGGCAGCGAUGGACGACUCCGGAGAGGACUACGGAAACUACAGCUACGACUACUACCUGGAAUACGGUGACCUGGAAGACCUGAAAGUCGACCACAGGCAGAAAGAAGCAAUUCACAUUAUCUCCGUCGUCAUUUACGUCAUUUCCUUUGUACUCGGCCUGAUUGGAAACGCAACCGUCAUUUGGGUGACGGGAUGUAAGAGCAAAAGGACCGUCAACAGCGUCUGGCUCCUCAAUUUGGCCUUGGCCGACUUUGUCUUCGUUCUCUUCCUCCCGUUCUACAUCGACUACAUCCUGCGCGACUUCCACUGGGAUUUUGGCGGGCCCAUGUGUAAGAUAAAUUCUUUCGUGUCCGUCAUGAACAUGUACGCGAGCGUCUUGUUCCUCACGGCGCUCAGCGUGGACAGAUACGUUUCGCUGGUCCAUCAAAACUGGUGUCGGAGGUGGCGAACGGUCGCCCGAGCCUGGUUCGCCAGCGCUUGCGUGUGGCUCACGGCCGCCAUCAUGAGCUGCCCCGCGCUCAUCUUUCGGGACACGGCGCGCUUGGCUGACAAAGUGAUUUGCUUCAACAACUUCCACGCGCAGGAUGGACACUCGGCGGCCGCAAAACACAUUCUAAUGGUCUCCGUCCGGACCGCGGUGGGCUUCCUCUUGCCGUUCUCCGCUAUAUGCGUCACCGGCAUCCUUCUGACAGUGAAGGUGAAUCAAUCCAGGGGCUCCGUUCGCGUGUCGAGCUUCACCAAAACAGUCUCCGCCAUGAUCCUGGCUUUCUUUUUAUGCUGGGCUCCUUUCCACAUCUUUAGCCUGAUGGAGCUGUCCAUACAUUCCUCGCUCUAUCUGCACAACGUGUUGAAAAUGGGAUUUCCUCUGGCCACCAGUUUAGGCUUUUUCCAUAGCUGCAUUAACCCAGUGCUCUACGUGCUUCUGGGUACAAAAGUUCGGACCAUCCUGAAGCGUGCAUGUCUGGACAUCACCAAAAGCUCGCUGAGAGAACUCAGCCAGUCCGUGUCGGCCACCGAGAUGGAAUCGUUGCCUGGAGCCCCCGACGCCGAGAACAGUACACCGGAGGAGCCUGUGGCUUCAUCAACUCUGUGAUUGGGGGGGGGGGGGGGGGAUGUACGAUGGAUAUAAAAAGUCUACACACCCCAUUUCAAAUGCCAGGUGUUUAUGACAUUAAAAAAGAAAAAAAAGGGAAUGAAUAAUCUCAAAUCUUUUCCAACUAUUUACGUGACCUAAAAACUGUACAACACAAUUGAACUUUAAAAAAAAAUUUUUUUUUGGAGAGGGGAAGUAAAAAUGAAUUGUUCAGAAUCUAACUCGUGUCAAAUGGGAGUCAGUACACACAUGGAACAGUUCCCGUUUUUGGGUUUUUUUCUCACUUUUACUUUGAACUGUUUAUAAUUCUGUCCAGCUUGACUAAUGCUCCAGGUCCAUCCGAAGAAAAACAACCCCAGGGUGUGCAGACUUGUGCUUUUUUAGCUGUUUAUUUUUACUUCCACGCUCAAAAAUAUAUAUUUUUUAAAUUCAAUUGUGUUGUACAGUUUUUAGGUCACAUAAAUCGUUGGAAAAGAUGAUUUAUCAUGGUCUUGUUUUUUUUUUCUAUCACAAAAACAACAUUUGAACAGGGGUGUGUAGACUUUUUAUAUUCACUCUACAUCUUCAACCAAAAACUGCAUUAAAUGGAAAACUUCAAACACUACACAGCAAUAAUCUGUAUCCAUACAAUAACUUGACAUGAUUUCAUUUGAUCGGUCAUAAAAAAUUUUUGACUGCGUUUACAUGAACUCUGCGGAGCAACCUAAACACGACUUUUGAAAUGAAUUUUACAGGUGACGAAAUAAGAUGUUAAGACAUUUCAUUUUGUUCUAUUGAGAAUAUAAUGACAUACAGAUAUGCAAAAGAUGUAUAACAACUGUAUAAGUGUAUAAUUACUGCUGGACGAUAUGUAGAAAUGUGACAGAUAUAUUUCGCUUAAUAUAUUCCAACUAAAUUGCCCUUAAUAAAUGUGCUCUACUGUAGUUUUGACUUUAUAUAUUAUUCAGCGGUGUCUGUUAUGUCAUAAAAGCUUUCAACCUUUGUUAUUGUACAAAAUGAAUUUUCCAGCCUGCCAUUAAGACAGGAGUAUGACUUUG